GAUGAGGCGCGGCCAUUGCUCUAAUUGCACUUGACCGAGUUUCACAACCAGCUACGUACUACCAUGGCCCAUGUGUUAGCACAACCUCCCCACCAAGUGACAUUCCCCCACAGACCAGUAAAUCAUGCUCCAUCGCCACUGGGCUUUGGUUUUGGGCUCUCUGCCCAGCCUGGGACUUCGACAUGGAAUCAUACCCCCCUCCAACGUUCUGUCUCCGGCUUUCCUGCUAUCUCAAGCCAUUCAUCCCAAAACCGUGUUGCGAAACGUCGCUACGAUCAUGAUGAAGACGACAGGCAGUCGGCAGAUGAGUCAAUGGAACGAAGUCCAACGCCCGAACGGCCGAAACGUGCUGCGCCGAAACGCGCACGGACGACUCCUGCGGUAGUUACAAGUCUGAAAGACGUGAGGGGUGGCCAGCAAGGCUCGAGUGGUUCUGAUGGUAUUGACGUCGAUGUUGGCGUUCUGCUAGGUACGUGCGACAGUUUUUUCUGGGAUCAAGCCACUGAAGAUGAUUGGCAUGCAGCCAGCCUACCGCGCGAAACUCUACUGCCCGUUCUAACGUCUCUAAUCACAGCCAACCCUUCUCUUAAAGCAUCUGUUCUUUCCUUGAUACCCCGGCCAACCCUCGAAACUGCGACCCAAGCUAUUGACAAGUCUGCACGCAAGCUGCUCGACGCAUUCCCUUACUCUAACACCUCGUUCGGCGUGCCUAAUCCGCCCUUCAGCGGCGGCAUGACUGCCUUUAGCAGUGCUCGAAGUUUAACGUUUGGUGGGUUUGGCGCGGCGCGCCCCCCGUCCUUCGACCAGGCUCCUGACAGUCCCCAGUCGUCCGGCAUGCGCGAAGAGUACAUCCUCUCCCGGCUUCGUUCGCACGUGCAAGACUUCGUGUCCGCCUGCUUUUCUUAUCUCCCUUACUUUUCGUACUCCGAAUCCACCUCGCUUGCAGAGACCGGCGCUGCGCAUCCGGCCCCACACGCGCGGUCGCAUGCGUCAGCACUGCAAUCGCAGCACAAAGACAAGUCGCACCCGUCGGAGACGUUCCUUUUCUUGCAAUCGUUGAUGAACCACAUCCUUUCGCAACCGCCAUUGACACAGUUUGCGCUACUUCCCCUGUUACUUCCACGGCUACUCCUGGAGUGGAAGGCUUGGAUAGAUCGUGUUGACCAUGUGGUCAAUCGGGAGGGGGGCAUGUUUGGGCAGGAGACGGUGCGGAGUUGGGAGCGAGGCUUGGACGACCUUGCACAAGCCAAGGGGAACGGUGUAGAGGCGAUGCGGGCGGUGCGAGACCAGUGGGUGUCCAGAGUUGGAUGGCUGGUCGGGCGGCAACAGAUGGAGGAGCAUUAAGUCGCAGGAUCCUGUUUCAAAGACGUUCAUUUCUGCAUCGCAGUUUUUAUUCAUUGCACUCAUAACUAUUCCAUCAUGUAUACUUCUCUGUCAUUGACCCCCGCUUGCAUAACUACUUCUGUAAUUCGAACAAUCGACCGGACAUGAACACGUCACUUUCUAUUUCUGCGUAGAGGUGCUGGUAGACGCCCUG